AUGGAUUCGCACUGGCGUGCUGCGGGAAACUGUGACGGUGAGAGGAGGAGGCAGCGGAGCGGCCCAUACGAUGCUGUUGCUGCUGCUGCUGCAGCAGCAGCAGCAAACUGUGGGCCUGCUUCUGCAAGUCCAGGGGUUCUAUGGCCUGCUCGUGGCUGCAACAACAACAGCAGCAGAAGCAGCAGCAGCAGCAGCAGCAGCAGCAGCAGCAGCAGCAGCAGCAAAGCACAGGGAGAAGCACCAUGGUGGGAGCAGCAAAACCAAGACAGCAGACAAACAAGAACGGUCCAUUGCUCUAGCCGCAGCAGCGGCUACAGCAGGCAGCAGCAGCAGCAGCAGCAGCAGCAGUAUCAGCAGCAGCACUAUCAGCAGCAGCAGGCCCCUCAUCACUACCAGCAGCAGCAGCGGCAAUCGUAUAUGCUGCAGCACGAGCAGCAGCAGCAGCAGCAGCAAGGAUACCCAGAUGGAUCGAGAUAUGAAGACAGCAGACACAGCAGCAGAAGGCGAUACGAUAGAGCUCACUACAGCAGCAGCAGCAGCAGCCGCAGCCGCAGCAGAAGCAGACGCAGCAGCAGGAGGAGCAGCAGGAGCCGCAGCAGGAGUCGCAGCCCGUACUGGAGGGGUGCAGCAGGAGACAGCAGCAGCAGCAGCAGCAGCAGCAGCAGCAACAGGCUUAGUGGCCGCUCCGUGAGGGGCCGCUCAGCAGCAGCAGCAGCAGCAGCAGAUAGAGAUUCAGACUACCACUCGAGACAGCAGCAGCAAGUGCUGCUGCAGCAGCGGCCGCAGCGUUACCGCCACCGCAGCAGCAGCAGCGACGAGGACUCCCUGCUGCAGCAGCAGCAGCAGCAAACGUAUAGAUCAAGAAGCAAGGAUGGAGGCCACAGAGGGGGAGGAGAGAGAGGUUCUGCUGCUGCAGCAGCAGCAGCAGAAGAGCAGCAGCAGUACCACUAUAGUCAGCAGCACUACAAGCAGCAACCACGACAGAAGAGCAGCAGCAGUACCACUAUAGUCAGCAGCACUACAAGCAGCAACCACGACACAGAAGAGCAGCAGCAGUACCACUAUAGUCAGCAGCACUACAAGCAGCAACCACGACAGCAGCAGCAGCAGCAGCAGCAGCAGCAAUAUGCAAGAUCUUCAUAUCGUUCAGGCCGCAGAGGAGACAGCGAAGGGAGGAGGAGCCCAGGGUCACCUGGUGGGUAUUCUGCUGCUGCUGCUGCUGCUGCUGCUGCUGCUGAUGGCCGCAGCAGCAGAAGAGAGUACUGGGGAGAAGGAGCAGCACGGUUUGCUGCUGACGAUCGCAUGCAGCGGCGGCCUCGUGUUGCUGCUGCUGCUGCUGCUGCUGGUGGUGGUGGAGAGUAUAGUAGAAGAGGAGCUGAAGCAGAGACAGCAGCAGCAGCAGCAGCAGCAGCAGCAGCAGCAGCAGACCGCCGCAGCAGAUGCUCUCCCCCCCGUCUCUCAUCUCGUCAGCAGCUGCUGCAGCAUGCAGCAGCACUAACCCCAUUCCCUCCUCCCCCUCCUCCCCCUCACCACCAUCUACACAUGCAUGCAGCAGCAGCAGCAGUGCAGCAGCAGCAGCAGCAGCAAUUACAGGCAGCAGCAGCAGCAGCGCAUGCAGCGCAUGCAGCACAGCAGCAGCAGCAGCAGCAGCAAAGACGAUGGAGACACCCAGACAGCUGUCUCCCCUGUGUUUGGUACUUCUGCAACACAGACGGCUGCAGCAGGGGGGCUGCAUGCCCCCGCUGCCACGAUGAGGAGCACCGAAACAUAAAGACAGAUCUGCAUCCUUUUGUGCUGCUGCAUGCACGCUCACGCUGCAUGCCCUGCAACCGCUACCGCAGCAGCGGUAUAUGUAAACAAAUAAACUGUGUAUUCUGUCACCAUCCAACGCAUAGAGAAGAGGAUGAGCAGCAGCAGCAGCAGCAAGAGGGAGAGACAGAAGCAGAGAAAGAAGAAAGAGAAAAAAGAAAAAAAAUACAACAGCAGGAAGAGCUGCUGCUGCAGCAGCAGCAGCAGCAGCAACCGAAGCAAAAACUAUCACAUGACCCUCUCGCCCAUGAUCGGGGUGUAUGCAUACCCUGUGCUGAUUUCUUUUGUUCUCCUACUGGCUGCAAAGGAAAACCCUGCAACCGCUACCGCAGCAGCGGUAUAUGUAAACAAAUAAACUGUGUAUUCUGUCACCAUCCAACACAUAGAGAAGAGGAUGAGCAGCAGCAGCAGCAGCACGAGGGGGAGACAGAAGCAGAGAAAGAAGAAAGAGAAAAAAGAAAAAAAAUACAACAGCAGGAAGAGCUGCUGCUGCAGCAGCAGCAGCAGCAGCAACCGAAGCAAAAACUAUCACAUGACCCUCUCGCCCAUGAUCGGGGUGGAGAAUGUACUGCUGCUGUUGCUGCUCUGUGUCCUAUGUGUCACCACAGCAGCCACAAAGAAGAGCAGCAGCAGCAGCAGCAGCAGCAGCAGCAGCAGCAGCAGGAGGGGGAAGGGGAAGGGGAGGGGCAGCAGCAGCGGGAACUGCAGGAUAUGGAUGAAGACAGUGAGCAGCAGCAGCAGCAGCAGCAGCAGCAGGAGCAGCAGCAGAUGGAGGAUAUGUUGCUGCUGCAGCAGCAGCAAGAAGAAGAAGAGUUUAGACAGCAGCAAGAAGAGGAAGAUGAGGAAGACAUCAGAAGCAGACACCAAGACGACGAGGACGACGAAGAGCUGCUGCUGCUGCAGCAGCAGCAGCAGCAGCAGCAGCAGCAGCAACUGCAGCAGCAGAUGCAGCAAGAGCAGGAUGGACUGCAUGCGAACGGAGAUGAACAGCAGCAAGCAGCAGCAGCAGCAAACAGGCGUGCUGCACAGUUCCCGCAUGCAACUGAAAACCAGCAGCAGCAGCAGCAGCAGCAGCAACAGCAACCGGGGCAGAAACAUAUUCGUGAUGAGGGCUCUGCUGAGCGCAUGCAGCAGCAGCAGCAGCAGCAGCAGCAGGAAGAGAAGGAGCAUUAG